UAUAUAUAUUUGGAGGCAUCUCAUUUAGCUGGUGGACUUCCUUGGGAUCCAGUGAUGGUGGUGCUUCUGGGGCUACUCUUUCUGCUGGUGGACAUUUGGGGAUCCAGAGCAACUAAUGAAUCCUUGAGAACUGAAGUUCUUGACCUCAUGGCGACAUCUCGGCUAAUAGACGGACACAAUGAUCUGCCCUUGAAAUUAAGAUGGUUCUACAACAACAAGCUAAGCACAAUUGACUUGAAGAAACUCGAAACCACCAACACAAACAUUGAGAAGCUCCAGGCUGGCCAUGUUGGGGUGCAGUUUUGGUCAGUAUAUGUUCUCUGCAGUGCACAAAACAAAGAUGCUGUACGUUUGACACUAGAACAAAUUGAUGUUGUCAGACGGAUGUGUGAAGACUAUGAAGAAUUGGAACUGCUGACAUCUUCAGAGGGCAUAGAGACUCUCAGCAACAAUAAGAUUGCCUGCUUGAUCGGCAUUGAAGGUGGCCAUUCCAUUGACAGCAGCCUGGCCACCUUGAGGAUGUUCUAUGAGCUGGGUAUUCGGUACAUGACUUUGACCCACACUUGCAACACUCCCUGGGCAGAAACUUCAACAAAAGGCAGAAAUAAUUUCUAUCCUGAUGUUAACGGCUUGACUCCUUUUGGCAUCGAAGUGGUGAAGGAGAUGAAUCGCCUGGGGAUGAUGGUAGACCUAUCUCACACCUCUCAUGAGACAGCAAAAACUGUUCUUAGGGUUUCAAGAGCACCUGUCAUUUUCAGCCAUUCUUCUGCCUAUUCGGUCUGCCACCACUCCAGGAAUGUUCCAGACGACAUUCUCCUAAAGCUUAAAGAGAACCAUGGAAUUAUAAUGGUGACGUUCCCUGUGAAGUUUUUGGCCUGUGGAAAGAAGACAGUUAACAUCUCAACUGUUGCAGAUCACUUUGAUCACAUAAAGAAAAUUGCAGGUUCAUUUUCAAUAGGAAUUGGCGGUGACUAUGAUGGAGAAUUCCGAUUUCCCGAGGGACUGGAAGAUGUUUCAAAAUAUCCAGACGUAAUUGAAGAACUGCUGAGGAGAGGCUGGACCAAGGAAGAACUUCGUGGGAUUCUGAGGGAGAACUUACUUCGUGUCUUCAAAGAAGUCGAAAAUGUGAAGAAGAGCUGGCAAGAGAAGGCAAGUGAAGUGGAAAUCCCACUUGAGCAGGUGGAUCAAACCUGUCGCCUGGAGCUGAAGCCUCCAACUUCGUCAAGGAACAACUCCUGCAGACUGCUCUGCAUGGGGCUACUGGAAAGCCUUGUAUUCACCAUAGGAAUGUACAUGAUGUUGCCCUGAACUUGAUUCUGACAACGGCGCCAAGGACGGAUUCUUCCAAAGUUAAGAUAGAAACAACACUACUCAUUGUCACAAAGUCUGGAACGGCCAAUGGAUCCUGCUUCAUUUGAACAAAGCUGCUUUCCCAAGAGGCAA